AUGGCGAUCAAUAUCAAUCGCAAUGUGCUCGAUCCCUUUUAUCGUUACAAAAUGCCCCGUCUACAAGCGAAGGUCGAAGGCAAAGGCAACGGAAUCAAAACAGUCAUUGCAAACAUGACCGAAAUUGCCAAAGCUCUUGAGCGCCCACCAACUUAUCCAACCAAGUAUUUUGGGUGUGAAUUAGGCGCGCAGACCAAUUUUGACAUGAAAAAUGAGCGUUUUAUUGUGAACGGUGAACAUGACGCGGCUAAACUGCAGGAUAUUCUGGAUGGUUUCAUCAGAAAGUUUGUUCUGUGUGCAGCAUGUGAAAACCCUGAAACUACUUUGGUUGUUAAGAAAGGCCAAAUCCACAGUAAAUGCAAAGCUUGUGGAAAUACUUCAAUCAUCGAUCCUAAACAUAAGCUGUCGACGUUUAUCAUGAAGAAUCCACCGAAAGUGGACGAGAAGGAAAAGAAAGAAGGUGGUAACAACGGUUCCACAGAUAAUUCUGUAAUAGAUGGAGAAAUGCCAAGUGAUAAAGAUGUGAAUGGAAGUGCAUCGGAUGAUGUUGAUGACGAUUGGGCAGAGCCAAUAGACGAUCCGGCUGGUGGAGUUUCUGCACAAAUUGGCAAACUGAUAAUUAGCAGAGAUCUUGACAAACCAAUUGAAGAGCGGCUUGAUAUGCUACAUCAGUAUUUCCUGAAAGCUAAAGCCGAUGGCACGUUCCAGAAUAGUAAGAAAUUACUAAAUGAAGCAGAAAGAUUGGAGCUAAAAUCAAAGGCUACUCUCUUAUUGGCUGAUGUUUUAUUUGAUACAAACGUCAUCAGUCAAAUUAUGGAAUAUCGAAACAUCCUUCUGCGUUUCACUGUUAAUGAUCACAAGGCACAGCGUCAUCUUCUCGGUGGUAUAGAACAGCUCAUUUCCAAACAUCUCGACACUUUGUUUCCAAAAUCAGCCCAUAUUAUUAAAGCGCUUUAUGACAACGAUGUGGUGGAAGAGGAGGUUCUUUUGGCUUGGGGAGAAAAGCCGAGCAAGAAGUAUGUUAAGAAGAAAUUGUGCGUAGAAAUAAUUGCUAAGGCGCAACCUGUUUUGGAUUGGUUAAAGAAUGCAGAAGAAGAUGAAAGCGACGAUGAAAAUGACGAAGAUGGAGCUAUUGAAUUUGAUGAUCGCGCCCGAAAGGUGGGGACAGUUGAAAUGGAUGCAGCAAAGAAGAUAAAUGGCACUGCUCUAAUUGAGAAGAUUAAGACUGAGGAAGAUGGUGAAGUUGAUAUUGAUGAUAUCUAA